AUGAAUGAACCGCCUCAAAAGAAAAUAAGGGCUGAACCAGAAAAUACAUCCUUGGAAAAAAUUCCUCAGCUUGUCAUCGAUAGUCUCUAUUCAGAGUCAGUGGCUGCGCGACUGUGGAAUGUGGCUUGCAGGGCACUGGGAGAGAGCGACCCGCCUACAUUUUAUCCUGAGUAUACUGGCAAGGAUGGUGCAACUUACGUAUAUCGGCACCUAAGCUUUUGGACUUCUGGUUUUUUUCCGGGCUCACUAUACCUGUUGCUUGAGCGUCGGAAAAGGUAUGGUCAUAAUGGCACGCAGCAUUCGUAUCCAAAUUUACUGCAGCUCCACCAUCUGUGUCAGUGGUGGUCCAUAAACCUAUACCAAAAUGCAAGCGUAAAGUCUACUCACGAUCUGGGCUUUAUGAUUGCACCUUGGGCAACAAAAGCCUGGGAGCUCUACAAGGACGAACAAGCAUUCAGCAGUCUUGUCCUUGCAGCUCAUUCUCUGGCGAGUCGGUUCUGCCCAAAGGUCCAAUCUAUUCGCAGCUGGGAUACUUGUAAAACUGAAAAGUACGCUUUCCUCGACACCUCGACGGACUUCCUUGUCAUAAUCGACAACAUGAUAAAUCUCGAUAUGCUCUUUUGGGUAGCUAAGCAGACUGGUAACCAUAAUCUUUAUGAUAUUGCAGUAGCGCAUGCCCGGACUACCCAAAAACAGCAUAUACGACCUGACAAAACCACGUUUCAUGUCGUAAACUUCGAUCCUGAGAAAGGCUAUCCCAAAAAGAAAUUUACAAACCAAGGCUACAGUGAUUAUAGUUGCUGGGCACGAGGCCAAGCAUGGGGAAUACUAGGAUUUGCGCAAACCUUUCAUUGGACCAAGGACAAUUCUUUUUUACAAACGUCUCAAGAUCUCGCAGACCUUUUUAUCGAACGUCUACCUGCGGAUGGUGUCCCGUACUGGGAUUUGGACGCUCCCAUCCCGCUUGAAUCUCCCCGCGAUACCUCAGCAGCCAUGAUCGCUGCCUGCGGUAUGCUAUUGAUAUUCAAAGCUCUCAUGGCCAAAGGAAGGGAUAAUGAGGCGAUGAAAUAUGUCAGAAGUGCAAUGCGUAUUGCUCGUGGGACAUGUGAAAAGUUCAUGAACCCUCCUACACUCAGGUUUACUGUCUCCCCACCUGGGCGGACCAUUCAGGUGUACGAAGAUGGACUUGCUUCUGAGUACCAGGAGAAGUUGGAACCUGGGUUGCUUACCCUCGAUCAUGGGAUGGAUGCUGCUGGCUUAUUGUCGAUUAAAAAAAAUGGCGUAGUGCCUAAGGAAACACAUGCCUCAGAAACAAUACUUACUGGGGCUACUAUAAACAAUUACGAGUUUGCGCCUCGUAGAUGGGCUAAUCAUGGGUUAGUCUAUGCGGACUACUACUUUAUGCUUCUGGGUAAUAUGUUGCUUGAACUUGGACUGGCCGAUACAGGCCAAUAA